GCCUAAACCUGUUUCAUGCAUGUCCACUGGAGGCAGGUUUGACUUUGAUGACGGGGGGUCGUACUGCGGGGGGUGGGAGCAGGGUAAGGCCCAUGGACGAGGGGUCUGCACGGGGCCCCAGGGUCAGGGCGAGUAUGCGGGCGCCUGGAGCCAUGGCUUUGAGGUCCUGGGCGUGUACACGUGGCCCAGCGGGAACAACUACCAGGGCACCUGGGCACAGGGCAAGCGGCAUGGGAUCGGAGUGGAGAGCAAGGGCCGCUGGGAGUACAGAGGGGAGUGGACGCAGGGGUUCAAAGGUCGCUACGGGCAGCUGGAGAGCACGGCGAGUGGGGCCCGGUACGAGGGGACGUGGAGCAACGGGCUGCAGGAUGGAUACGGCACUGAAACCUACUCCGAUGGAGGAACCUACCAAGGCCAGUGGCUGGCCGGGAUGCGUCAUGGCUAUGGCGUGCGGCAGAGUGUACCGUACGGCAUGGCGGCGGUCAUCCUCUUCCCUCUGCGAACAUCCAUAAACUCCCUCCGCUCCGAGCACAGCCACGGCCCUCCGGCUGUGCUGGAGGACGGCUCCGUCACCACGCCCACGGAUGGAGUGGUGGCUGGGCUGGCUGGGAGCCCUGUGGGGCGGGGUGGGUUCGCUCUCACGGCUCCCAGUGAAGCUGAGCGCCAGAGGAAGAGGAAAGGUCGCUUCCGGCAGUCCAUCCUGAGCGGCCUGAAGCUGCGCCGCUCUGAGUCCAAAAGCUCGCUGGCCAGUCAGCUCAGCAAGCAGAGCUCCUUCUGCAGCGAGGCCGGCAUGAGCACCGUCAGCUCUGCUGCAUCUGACAUCCACUCCAACGCCAGCGAGAGUGAACAGGGCGCCCCUGUGGACGCCACCGUCACUGAAAUGUACGCUGGCGAGUGGCGGAGCGACCAGAGGGCCGGCUGGGGUGUAAGCCGGCGCUCGGACGGCCUGCAUUAUGAAGGGGAAUGGGUGGGGAACAAGAGGCACGGGUAUGGAUGCACCACCUUCCCUGACGGCACCAAGGAGGAGGGGAAGUACAAGCAGAACACGUUGGUGAGCGGAAAACGCAAGAACCUGAUCCCACUGAGGGCCAGUAAGAUCAGAGAGAAGGUGGAUCGAGCUGUGGAAGCUGCGGAGAAGGCUGCAGACAUCUCCAAGCAGAAAGCAGAGAUCGCCAUGUCAAGGAUGAGCCACGCUCGUGGGAAGGCGGAGGCAGCUGAAGGCGUGGCGCAGAAGGCCAUGGAGGAGUGUCGACUGGCCCGGAUCGCUGCCAAAGAGCUCUCUCCCUCCUUUCACAUCUACGGCAACGGGCUCGAAUGUCAGAGGCCCAAGCACCAGGACGCCAAGGACAAAGACCACGAGGUGAUCUCGACAGGAACAGACAGUCCGGAGCUGUGCACGCCGGACACCACGCCGCCUGUGAUAACACCUGAUCUCAGCCCCGUGCUGAGCGUUCCCACCUCGACCCCCCACAGCCCGCCCAAACACGGCCAUCGCCCCAGAAAUGCUUGCUUCAUGCGCCAGAGCGCCGUGGACGAUCAGGGCGGGGCUGAGAUCCAGGUGCUGGUGGAGGGGCGGGGCAUGGAUCUGCCGAGGGGAGGGGCUAACAAUUGGACUGAUGACAUGUAUCCGGACCGCGGAGGCAGCAGCCGCUCCACCACACCCUCCCUUCUGGAGGAGACGGAGGGCCAAGUGAACGGCCACGAGCAAGCCCCUUUGUCCAACCACAAAACGCGGGAGAAAUCCUCGUCCAAUCACAAGUCCCGGGAGCACGCCUCCUCCUACAGAGCGUGGGAGCACUCCUCGUCCAACCAAAAGCCCUCCAAGCAAGCCUCUUCCAAUCACAAGUCAAGGGAGUACUCGUCCUCCAAUCACAAGACAUGGGAUCAUUCUUCCACCAAUCACAAGGCCUGCGAGCACGCCUCUUCCAACUACAAGCCGCAGGUGCACAUUUUAUCCAAUCACAAGGCCUUGGAACAUAACAUGUCCAAUCACAAGACUUCUGAGCAUGCUUCUUCCAAUCACAAGUCCCAAGAUUAUAUCCCCUCCAAUCACAAUUCAAAGGACCACGUCUCUUCUAGUUACAACCCUCGAGAGCAUGUCUACUCCAACCACCAUCCAAAGCAGCACAACCCCUCCAACCACAAGCUAAACGAGCAUUCUGUAAUCGACCAAAGGCUAGAUGCCGUCACCGGUGGGGGCUGGACAGCUGAAAGCACCCUUAGGUGGAGCCCUGCCCACUCGCGCCUCACGGAGCAGGACGAGGAGAGGAUGAAUGACUAUACGGUUGAUAUGAGGCUUCAGUGUCCGGACUCGCAGACAUCUCGGGGGCUGGGCCCAGAGUCCCCGGCCCCCAAAAACAACCGGCUGCGAUCCCGAGGCCUUCGGCCGGUCAGAGAGGGAUCCAUGGACUCCGUACAGAUGCUGGACAACCUGAAUGUGGGGGCAGAGCUGGAGGAGUGGCCGCUGCACAGGGACCUCACCCUCUCCCCACCCCUCAAGUCUCAGCCCAUCACUCUGGAGCAGGAAGGAGAGCAUCUCAUUCUCAAAUCAAACUCAGGCUCCAGCUCUAUCCUGGUGGUUAUGGUCAUUUUACUCAAUAUUGGAGUAGCCAUUCUUUUCAUUCACUUCUUUAUUUAAGCUUAUACAGGUAUGAUCUACUAAGACUUAUUGAUAACUACGGUAUAUUAUAUUAUUACUUACUGAGACGGACAUUCUGCCAACUCGACUGGAGCCCGCAGCUCGAGUGACGGACACAGCAGAGCCUUUCUAUUGUUGCUUCUGGUCUUUUCACCUCUGUUGAAGCCCGUUUCAGUUUUCUCUGAAAGCACCGUUUCCUUUUCAAAUGCUUAUUUUGAGCUUGCAAACCAUAGAAAAGAAAGUAAGAAAGUUUAAAAAAAAGAAAAGAAGAAAAAAAGUGCAGCUUUAAACUAGCGUGGUGUAUCGGGACACACGUGCAUGGGUGUCCAUCGGUUAAUGUGCAAUGGACUGGAGAUGGCACAGGCAGUUUUGCCCAUUUUUCCAUCACUUAAGACAAGAAUAUAGCAACCGCUGUUUCCUGGUUAUCGUGAGAAACAUGCAAACCAAGAUCAUGACACACUCCGUCCUAAAACCCCACAGACAAUUACCCUUUUUGCCUUUUAACCCUUUCCCCCCUGUUGCCCUGCCAUCCACAAAUCUCUAUAACCCACCUAUUCGCACUAUGCGCUACAUACAGAACUAUGCUGCAACAGUAGAUCCAUUUUAAAGGGCUCCGUCAUUAUUCUUUUCUUUUUUUUCCACUACGAACUAUACACGCAACCAUUGCAUGAGGCUGUGUGGGGGUUUUAAAAAGUGCAUUUUAUAUCCCUUUAACAUCACUGUCCUGUCCCCAUUUGUACGCUCUCCAUCCCCUGGUAGUCACUUCCAGAGAUUUUUUUUGGGGAAAAAAAAAAAUCAGCCGCCACGCCAGCUCACGUGUCCAG